UAGUUUGUGUUGUGCAAUCUGUGAACAAACAUCAACAUUUUUUCAUUUAAAUUUUUUUAACUUAAGCUUGCGCUAAAUCCUCACAAUGGUGCUGACAAAUGAACUCAGUCAAAAAGUUAUUAUAGCGGCCUUUCUGGUUUCGUUCGUUCUAGUGAUCGGUUCGAUAUAUCUGCACUUGCAGCAAAAACACCAUUUAGGACGCCUUAAUAUCGGCGAUGAUCGUAUACAACCAACCAAAGGUGUUGUAACUCUUUCUAGGGAUGAUGUUUUGUUUGUGCCUCCACUUGUGCAACGGGCACAACCGUCCAAUGCCAUAGAAGAGUCUCGACAAAUCAUAGAGAAUAUCGAAGCCGACUACAGUGCUUCCAAUAGCAGAGAAGAUUACAUUGAAGCGAUAACCUAUCCUAAUGACGAUCCUUCGUCCAUCACUUUGACCACCACCAAAUCAACAGAAUCCUAUGUAAUGGACAAUGACUAUAAUGCUCCCAGAUUUGACUACCCAUCUUCGGAGAGUGAUGACUACAAUCUGAACUUGGGAGUGACAAAAAAUGUUUUGAAUGACAGUUGUUUACGAUGCCUAUGCAAAACCCUCAAUGAAUGCCGGCCAGUAACAUGCUCCCUAUAUGAUCCAUGUGGGAUUUAUGGUAUAAGCAUAUCAUAUUGGAUGGAUGGAGGUCAACAACUUACCAUGGACAAUUUCAACGAUUUCGAUGAAGAGGACCCUGAAAAAAUUGAUUAUCUCCGUUGUGCUAAUGAUGACAGAUGUGCGGCUGACACUGUUCGAGGCUACAUAAAACGCUUCCAAAGGGAUUGUAACAAUGAUGGCGUAAUCGAUUGCACCGACCACAUUGCCCUGCACAUACUAGGACCAACGGGAUGUUUAAACAAGCAACUUUCAUUUUUACACAAACUGAGAAUGAGUUCUUGCAUCAAUUGAUAAAAAUGAACUUUUUUUAGACUAUAAUGCAUUUACAGAAAAUAAAAAGAAAAUGAGACCAUUGAAAAUUUUAAUGUUAGGUUUAGCAUAAGAAUCUUACAUGUGAUAUGUUUUAUACCAAUGUUUUGUGAAUAAAAAGAGACUUAGUUUAAGAUUGAA